AUGGAGUUCUCCAGAGAGGCAUCCCUUGAUGCGGUUUGUUUGGAUGCGAGUUUGUCAAUGAAAGUUGGUAAUCAUUCUCUCACUCCUCCACUCACUCCUACAUACACUGCGCCACGUUUGGCCCCCAAACCACCGCAGCAGCUCGACUUCAGCCCAGGGAAGAGCUCGACAGCAAAGGCUUUCCAAUCGGUGUUCCACCGCAAACAGCAUCAAGACUCCAGCCGCACCCCAUCAAUCCGUUCGGGCUACUCUGCGUCCACAUCUUCCAGCGACAACCUCGCGAAUCAAUCAGCCACACCCACUCUACAUCCUUACGGGACCAUGAGCCCAGCACCCCUACCAGUGGUGUCGAACCACGAUAAUGCAGAAGACGAGGAGGAAUGCCCAGUCUGCCUCGAACCUCUCAGCUUUAGUUUUAGAUUACCAGGCGAGAAACCUCAUAUUGUCCCGGAGUGCGGACACGCUCUACACGAGGCCUGCUUCACUGCCGUCUACGGCCCUCCACCAAAUCAAUCCCGUUCUGCGGUCCCCCGAAAAACGAACCUGGGGGUAUGCGGCGUCUGCAGACGCCCCAUGAAAGUUGGUGAUGGGGAUGGGGGAAAAUCGAACAAACUCGCUGCCCUGACCGGUGUUGGAGAUCGUAGCGGUUCGUCGACACUGUACCCGGGGCGCGACAAUCCCGGUGGGCGCCGAGGCCAGUCCGCUACCCCACGCCCAUACGACCCCAACGAAGACGACGCUAUCGAACACACUCCUUCCAUCAAAAGUGGCGAACAAUCUCAACAACCCCAAUACGUCGUCGCACCCUCCAUACAAGUCCGCUCCGAGUUCUCCUCCCUCACACGCACGAACGACGUCAGCCAGCCGUUGACGUGUAUCGUGGUCAUCGAGCUGCCAGGGAAACGGGCAACUGGGAAUGUUCCCGGUCCUGUCAUGUCUGAUAGCUUUGGCAGUGGGAGUGGUAGCAGGGGAGGAAGUGCGAAUGCCCUCGGACGGCUCGAUGCCCACAACUCGGGCCAUUCGAGUCCUACACUAGAUCAGCAAUCGUUACGAGUGCGCUCCCCUCAACUCCAGAUGCAACAAUCAUUCCCUGCUCCUCCCCAACAGCGGCAACCUCGUCAGCAAGGAUUCCAAUCUGAGUCAUACAAUACUCGUCCCCCAGGUCCACCGGAGCAGCAGCCUCUCAGCCCCGAACCAGCGCCAUACUCACCUUCUCUUCGUCUGGUAGAAGAUCAAGACUCACCGUUCAAUGCCAUCACAGAAGACCUCCGCAACCGAAUCAUAGACUGGAAAGGACACCCACUAUCUGACCUGGGCCCGCUCCAGAUGUACGACCUCCUCUCUGUCCGACGAGACUCGCUCGUUCGCGAGUUUUAUGUCUAUCUUUUCAAAGAAGCCAUUAUAUGCGUCGUCGAAGAGAAAAAGCGCUCUCUCGGCCGUCUCCUCUCCAACGCCUCUGGCCUGACUGACUCUUCUUCAGUUACAUCCGCCAGCCAUUCCUCCAAAGGCGUCCUCCGUCUGAAAGGAAGGAUAUAUGUCAGGCACAUCAAGAAUGUGACUGCGACUAGUGCCGCUGGGGAGAUGAGCCUGACCAUUGAUAUGGAAGAUGAGUUAGCCUCGUUCAUUUUGAUUUUCAAGGAUAGGGGAUCGAUGGAGUCGUGGAGGGCGACCAUUCAAGGGUUGGUAGCGAUGUUCCAGCAGCAGAAUCCUGCUUGGAUACAACAACAGGCGGAGAAGGAGAAGAGAGAGGAGGGUGAGCGAAGGGAGCUGGAGGGCGGCGCGGGUAGUAUGGGGAUGGGAAUGGAAGAGUUUGGAGGAGCGAUACCGCCUGGGAGCAACGCGAAGGCCUUGAGGAUGUUGAGCGGGAGCACAGGGACAAGCGUGAGCACAGUGGACAGCCUAUUAAAUGGAAGCUCGAGGUCUACGAUGUCGAGUUCGACGUCGAAUGCUUCAAUGGGUGGUAAUGGCAAUGGCAACGGUGGUGGGAUAUCACGGGAAGGAUCAAGAGGCCAGCUGCAGCAUAAACUCUCCACUCUUGGCGAGGACGACGAACUCUCCAACUAUGAUUCUCCAACGGGCCUCGUCACGCCUUACAUGUCUUCGGGCCCAUCGAACUCGCUUACCCCUCUUCCUCAUCCGCCCAUGGAUCUUAUUCUCGUUAUCUCUCUUCCCCCGCCGACUUCUGUUCCUUCUACCGCCCAACUAAAGAUUCGUGUCAUCAAAGCAACGCUGGACUUCAUGCUCGCCUCCGCGGGCGCCCGAGAUCGCCUGAGCUUCGUUACCUUCGAAGUCGGUAUCGGUGGGCGUGUUCGAAAGACUCCUUUCUUGAGUGUGGGGAAAGAAGCAAGUCGCGGUCGGUUGGAGAAGUUUGUGGACGAAAUUGGGGGCGUGAGGGAGGAAGGUGUGGAUGAAUUCUUGGUCAAGGGAAUGAAGGACGAGAAGACCGAUGUGGUUACCGCGGUUAAUCAUGGUCUGGACGUGGUGUUGCAACGGAAGGCGCGCAACCCAAUCUCUGGGAUGAUGUUGGUUAGCGACGCUGCUGAUAGCACGAGAAGGGCACAGAUGGAUCUCGUGCUUGCACGAGCGGAAGCAGCGAAUGUCCCUAUACACUCGUUUGGCUAUGGGCGAUCACACGACCCUGCAUCCCUGUGGUUGAUGUCCAACCACACUUCGGGAACGUACACGUUCGUCAAGGACUGGUACGACCUCAGGGACUGCAUUGCUGGAUGCGUCGGUGGGAUGAUGUCUAUCGGUUUGCUUAACAUGAAGCUCCACAUGAAGAUCGUGGAUGGGCACCGUUUCCGGAUCCGCAAAGUCUCGGGUGGGCCUUCGUCCAUCCUAUCAUCCGAUGGUCAGAACGUAGACGUCGAUGUCGGCGAGCUGCGGUAUGGCGAACGGAAGGAGAUGCUUAUCGAGCUGGAAUUGGAUAACACCGAUAUGCAUAGGAUGAUGAACCAGGGCAGGGGCAACCAAGGGCGCGCGCUGAACGCCACAGACCAAUUCGUGCGGAGCAUGGGGUUGGAUGCGUUGAGCAUUGAUGACUCGCCGGACUUUGCGGACGGGAUGAUGGAUAGGAUGAUCGACGAGGUUCCUGUUGUGGAAGUGGACGGAUCGUUCUUUGACCCUCAAGCGAGCAAGCAUGUCUCUAGACUGGCGCACCCGGUGCUGCUCACCAUCACACUCCUUCCUAUGACCAUGUCUUCAUCGCCAAAGCCACCAUCCACGAUAUCCGAUCCAGUCAUUGUCCGCCGGCGAAUGGAACUCCUGGCCUCAGACAUGAUCACCCGUGCACUUGUGCUGGUUUCAAGGAAGAACUACUCGCAGGCGCAGAAGAUCAUGGGCGAGACAAGGAGGAUUUUGUACACUGUCCUCCAGACAAUAUCAAGAUCGCUGCCACCGCCGAAUAGCAACGGCAACGGGACUACCAGGAACCGCAAAGAGAUCCUCACUCUCUCUUCUGUUCGGGCGAUGCAGGCCAUUCUCCAGGAUCUCCAGAUUCUUACUGAGGCGCUGGAGGAUAAUGUUGAACUGUUCGCUCAUGAUCAAAGGAACUUCGGUGCUCAACAGGCUAUGAUUCUACGCGACCAGAAGAGCUGGACAGGCCGUAGCGCCACAGAACGCCUGUUCUGGUCAACAGAUAAUUCGAUUGAGCUGGUCUCUCGAAGUACUGAUUGGGUCGCUCGCGAAUGA